GUGUGAAGCCGAGCACCGGUUGGGCGGUGGAUCCGUUUGGCCACUCCCCCUCCAUGGCCUACCUGCUGAAGGGGGCAGGGCUUAGCCACAUGGUCAUCCAACGCGUUCACUACGCCGUCAAGAAGCACUUCGCCCAGCAGCGCACGCUCGAGUUCCUAUGGCGACAGAGCUGGGACUCCUCCCCCCACAGUGACAUCACGUGUCACAUGAUGCCGUUCUACAGCUACGACGUUCCCCACACGUGCGGUCCCAACCCGGCCGUCUGCUGCCAGUUCGACUUCCACCGGCUGCCGGGGGGGCGGGUCUUCUGUCCCUGGAGGAUCCCGCCGCAGCCAAUCACAGAGCUGAACGUCCAGGAGAGAGCCCUGCUCCUAUUGGACCAGUACCGGCAGAAGUCCCGCCUCUUCCGGUCUCCGGUCCUGAUGGUUCCCCUCGGAGACGACUUCCGCUUCGUGGAGGCGAGCGAGUGGGACGCUCAGUUCACCAACUACCAGAAACUCUUCGACUACUUCGACCAGCACCCAGAGCUGCACGUCAAGGCUCGUUUCGGGACUCUGUCUGAUUAUUUCUCGGCGCUGUCUCGGCGUGUGGCGACGGCCGGGUCCACUCUGCCGACGGUGCGCGGCGACUUCUUCACGUACGCCGACCGGGACGACCAUUACUGGAGCGGCUACUUCACCUCCAGACCCUUCUACAAACGCCUCGACAGGACGCUGGAGGCCACGCUCAGAGCGACAGAAAUUCUCUUCAGCCUCACGCUGGCUGAGAUGCGGCGUUUCUAUGGCGGCGGCCGUCUGGCGGCAGAUUUCCCGGCGCGGGAACACUUUGGGCGUCUGACGGCGGGGAGGCGGAGCCUGGCGCUGUUCCAGCACCACGACGCCGUCACCGGCACCGCCCGCGACCACGUGGUGGUCGACUAUGGGAACAGAUUGUUUGAGUCGAUCCUGAACCUGCACGUCGUGCUGCAGAGCUCCGCCCACUGGCUGCUCCUAUUGGACAAGAGCCAGUACCACCACGACCAAUCAAAACCCUUCAUGCAGAUGGUGGAUGUGAUGUCAUCGCAGGACGCUCUGCCUCAGAAGACGCCGCUCACGCUCAGUGACCAGCCCAGGUCUGUGAUGGUGUUUAACCCGACGGAGCAGCUUCAGACGUCCGUGGUCAGCGUCCUCGUCGACUCUCCGGACGUUCGCGUCAUCGCCGCGGAAACGGGCCGACCAAUGGCUGCUCAGAUCUCUGCCGUGUGGGCGGAGCCGAGCCGUGCGGCCAAAGACUCCUUUCAGCUGGACUUCGUGGCUGAACUUCCUCCUCUGGCGCUGGUCGUCUACCAUGUGACCAGAUCCUCCGUUGGCUCCGCCCCUCGGGCUCGCUACACCUUCCGUCGCCGUGGUAACCCGCCGAGUGUCCAGGCAGAGCACUUCCAGGUUUCCCCCCCAGAUGCGGCCGAGGCCGACGCGCCCCUGUCGCUUAGCAACAAGCACGUCCAAAUAUGGAGCUCCCCGGAGACGGGCUUCCUGCAGAAGCUGCGUCUGCAGUCCGGUCUGGUGCAGCGGCUCCAGGUCCAGUUCCUGUGGUACGGAACCAGAACCGGAGCCAACCGGGACAAGAGCGGAGCGUACCUGUUCCUGCCGGGGGAGGAGGGGGCCCAG